GUGCAUAUUUCACAAUUUUGACAUUUUCUUUCCCAGACGCAACAACCAAAGUGAAACUUUGUAGUUGAGUCGAAUCGUGUCGUGGUGGACAUCACAUUCAUUUUCAUUGAUUGGUACCAAUCCAACACCAUUUUUCAUGUGCCAACGGCGAGAUCGCCAUUACUACAACACAGACAAGAAGUAGCAAACACGAGGAGGGAGUGGGUGCAUUUCCUGCUUCUUCCCUGAGACCGCAGUUAAAGUGUAAACCCCUUAACACUAAAACCCAGAUUUUCGUUUCCCCCCCAGUGGGGAAAACAGAAAAAAAAAGAGAGGAAGAAAAACAUGUCGGACGCUUUGAUCAAUGGAUUGGCCGGAGCUGGAGGCGGGAUCAUUGCUCAGCUCAUCACGUACCCACUUUCAACUGUAAACACUCGUCAACAAACCGAGCGUGAUCCGAAGAGAGAGACAAGCAGCCAAGGUGCCCUCGAACGAAUGUGCCAGGUUGUAAAAGAAGAAGGGUGGGAACGGUUGUAUGGAGGCUUGAUGCCGUCUCUAGUGGGUACCGCUGCGUCUCAGGGUGUUUACUAUUAUUUCUAUCAAAUAUUCAGGAACAUGGCUGAAGCAGCUGCGCUACAGAAAAAGAAAAUGGGUGUCAGUGAUGGAUCAGUUGGGAUGCUCUCCUCUCUUCUCACUGCUGCUUUAUCCGGGUGUGUUAACGUGCUCUUGACAAAUCCCAUAUGGGUAGUUGUUACUCGUAUGCAGGCACAUAGAAAAGAGUCGAACCAUGCACCGGAUCAAGGUUUGUUAGUUUCCACUGAGCAAGAAACUAUUUCUGCAGUUGAGCUUCUUCCUUACGGAACUAGCCGUGUGAUUCAAGAAAUCUUUGAUGAAGCUGGUAUUCGGGGUUUCUGGAAAGGUGUAUUACCAUCACUGAUCAUGGUAAGCAAUCCUUCCAUACAGUUCAUGCUGUAUGAAGCCAUGUUGUCAAAGUUAAGAAAAAGACGUAACAGCAACAGGGUAACUGCUUUAGAGAUAUUUUUUCUUGGGGCUUUGGCUAAGCUUGGAGCUACUGUUGUAACUUAUCCACUCCUUGUUGUAAAGGCGAGGCUCCAGGCUAGGCAGGAUAAAACAGGAGACAGGAGGCACCAUUACAAAGGUACCAGGGAUGCUAUUAUUAAAAUGAUCCGCUAUGAAGGGUUGAAUGGGUUUUACAAAGGUAUGGGCACAAAAAUUGUACAGAGUGUGCUUGCUGCUGCUGUUAUAUUCACCAUGAAAGAAGAACUGGUUAGGGGGGUUCACUUCUUGCUUGCCAAGCAAGCUGCCAAAACUGUAAAGCUAAAGCCUGUCUGAUUGAUUCGAGGUCGCUGGCCUCUUCAAUAUUUCGUUUACCAUCUUCAGUUAGAAAAUUAGUUUUAAAAUGGUAGUUGGAGAACUAAAGUGAUUCAAACAGUAUGUUAAAAUAUCUGCAUCUUCAUUAUUUUUAUCACAAAGCAUUGGUUCAUUUUAUGAACAAAGCAGGCUUGUGGGUUU